CGAUGUUUUACAAAAACCCCCUUCCCUUUCUUCCGACAAGCCACGCAGCCCAUCGCGCCUGCUCUGUCGCCUCGCCACGCACCGGCGGCCUGCUCCGCCGCCUGCUCCGCCGCCUUGCCGCCUGCUCUGCCGGCUCUCCACCUGCUUCGUCUCCUCGCCACGCCCCGGCCGCCUCCUCCCCCUCGUCUCGCCGCUUUUCUUCCUUCGCACAAGGAGAUCCAGAGGGAAGGAUCCCCUUUUUCUGCAAAGCCCGCGGCUUCCCGGCUCCGGCGGCGGCGCUCAUGUCCUGGAGGGAGUUGGGGCUUGAUCUGGAGGCAUGGAAGAUCCUAGAGCUCCUCGUCCUCGAGCUCCUCCUCCAGACGACGAGCGGCUGCUGCGGAAGUCAACGGCGUGGGGAAGACGACCACGGCAUGGGGAAGACGAAGACUUUGCUCCAGCCACAUGCCACUGCCCCGUGCUCCUCUUGCCACUGCCAUUUCCCUCCUCGAGCUGGCGGACUGAUGAUGGAGGACCCGCCCUCUUCACUCCACCGGCGCCGUCGCUGCCGCUUUUGCUUGUGCUUCUACUGCCCGCUUGCCCACAGUAGCGCAGCGAUUGGAGGAAGACUUGGUGCAGAGGAAUGAAGUACGAGUACGGAUGCUGCUUCCGUUGUUGAUCUCAGGUGAGCUUGCUAGAUGAGUACAAAUAUGCCCUUGAUGAUUUUAAAACUACUGUUAGCCAUGGAAUUCAGUAAGAUAAGAUAUGCUUGAGAUGAACAUGCCACUGUCCAGUAAGAUAAGAUAAAACCAUGACAAUUUUGACUAGGAAGCAUAACAAUCUCAAACUAAGAGUAAAAAUUCAGUAAACUUGUGCAUCUAGGAAUCAAAACCUGAACAUCAACUUGACAGAUCAAAAGUUCAACUAAUUGAGUAAAAAUUCAGUAAACUUGACAGAUCAAAACCUGUCAAAAAUUGAUAGGUUUUGGAAGAAAAUGACAGGUUCUGAACAUCAACCUGACUGAACAAAGAUCUUGACUGAAUAAUACAGUUAAUUCUGAAACUUCAAAAGUUAACUGAAAUUUUUGUCCUCUUGGAUUCAGCUACUGAACAUGAUCACUAUUGAACAUGAUCAUAUUCUGAUUGUACUUGUGUUCAAAAGUUCACUGAAAUUUUUGUGAAGUUUUAAACAAAAUGAUUACUAUUGCAUCUAGGAAUCAUUGUUCUGCUCCUAUAUGUAGUGGUGCUGCUAUAAAUUUUCUAUGCACUGAAUUUUCUAUGCAUGUACUCCCAUGGCCUCCUAAUUUUUAUGCAGAUCAAGAUGCUCAAGAUAAUCUUGAUGUAUUAUUGACACUUUGAUCUCUGAAUGUUGUUAAAGAUUAU